AUGCGUCAGACAGGAUUCUCAGACGGCUCAGACAUCCCAUCAGACAACCCAGCUCGCUCGCACCCACUCGUUGUGUUCGUACUCGGCGGCCUGGCACCUUCUCGGGAUGAUCGCUGGCUGGACAUCCUCGCCCGCUCCCCCGCCCUCGAGCGCCUCAGCCUCCACUACGGCCCCCGCCUUGCCGCCACCCCCUGGUGCCUCCCCGACGGCCCCAUCCCCAGGCCCCGCGACCGCAAGCUUGCCGACCUCGACGUCAGCCACUCAUGCACCCUCCACACCUUCAUCGCCCCCACCGUCCGCAAGCUCCACCUCGAGCUCGGCUUCGUGGAUAGCCCGCAGGACUACACGCCCUUCGUCGACAUGCUCGUCACCACGCCCGACCCCGCCGCCGUGCUCGACCCCACCACGCUUCACGAGCCGCUCGCCGCAGGCGCAGGCGACGUGGGCCCGGGGAAGGCAAAAGCGAAGGAGGGCUCGAUAUUCCCGCAGCUUGAGGACCUCACCGUCGCGUCGCUUGCGAGCUGGCACGCGCUCGCGCUCCGCUGCGGCGUGAUGUCGACGUCCUCGCGGGUGCGGCGGCCCCGCCGUUCCUCGCCGUCACCGUCUAUAACACCGGGCGCGUGUACGCUGCAGUUUGACGGGCCGCGCGUCGUGGCGGGGCGCGGCGGACGUCCCGGGAAACUGAGAAGCGGGAACGGGGACGGGAAUGGAACGGGGGCGGGGUGGUGGGGACGCUGGACCCGGAGCUCUUGCUGGAGAUGA